GCUACCGGAAGUGACGCAGGCAGCCUGUAAAAAGCGGCCCGGAGCCUGCUUUCUUUCUCUUCCGGCUGCCGCCGCCAUUAGCAGAGUGACCGAGGAUGGGAGCCUAUAAGUACAUGCAGGAGUUAUGGAGGAAGAAGCAGUCGGACGUGAUGCGAUUCUUGCUGCGGGUCCGCUGUUGGCAGUACCGCCAGCUCUCGGCUUUGCACCGGGCUCCCCGUCCUACCAGGCCUGACAAGGCUCGCAGACUGGGUUACAAGGCCAAGCAGGGUUACGUUAUCUACCGGGUGCGGGUUCGUCGUGGCGGCCGCAAACGGCCUGUUCCCAAGGGUGCGACCUAUGGUAAACCAGUGCAUCAUGGUGUCAAUCAGUUGAAGUUUGCACGAAGCCUUCAAUCUGUUGCUGAGGAGCGAGCUGGUCGACACUGUGGGGCGCUGAGAGUACUUUCCUCAUACUGGGUAGGCGAAGAUGCCACAUAUAAGUUCUUUGAGGUUAUUCUCAUUGAUCCGUUCCACAAAGCAAUUCGCCGCAACCCCGAUACUCAAUGGAUCACAAAGCCUGUACACAAGCACAGAGAGAUGCGAGGCCUAACAUCUGCUGGCAAGAAGAGUCGCGGUUUAGGCAAGGGUCACAAAUACCACCUUACUAUUGGAGGCUCUCGUCGUGCUGCAUGGAGAAGACGCAAUACACUGCAGCUCCAUCGCUACCGUUAAUGUGUAGUAUCUGUAUUUUUAAUUGGUAAAUAAAUUGGAGUUUUUCCUGUA